AUGGUUAUGGAAGUUGAAAAAAAUAAAGAUUUAGUCUCUGAACAUUUUUCAGUUGAUGAAACAUUAACAGAAGAUAGUCAUACCCAUUUAAAACAUUCCCUUAAAAAUCGACAUAUCUCCCUUAUCGCUCUAGCAGGUAUCAUUGGUCCUGGUAUUCUUAUCGGUGCCUCUUUGGCAUUAGCUAAUGGUCCAGCAUCACUUAUUAUCGGAUUUGGUAUUAUUGGUAUUAUUGCCUUUUGUAUGAUGCAAUCAUUAGGUGAAUUGGCUACAUUAUACCCUACUGGAGGCACAUUCUCAACAUUGGGUAAUAAACUUGUUGAUCAUGCUUGGGGUUGUGCUGUGGGUUGGAAUUAUGUGAUUAUUUGGAUUGCGGUGUUGGCUAAUGAAUAUAAUACAGUGGCUGCAAUUAUGCAAUUCUGGGGACCACAAGUUCCUUUAUAUGGAUAUAUUUUAAUAUUUUGGACUUUUUUUAUGGCAUUCCAAUUCUUGGGAGUUCGUGCAUUUGGAGAAGCGGAAUUUUGGUUAGCAUUAAUGAAAAUUGUUGGAUUGGUUGCAUUUUAUUUAUUUGCAAUCAUUUAUUGUGCUGGUGGUGUUAAAGGUACUCCAGCAUUUGGAUUCCAUUAUUGGAAUGAUCCAGGUGCUUUUAAUCAUGGAUUCAAAGGAGUGGUGAAUACUUUUGUAUUUGCAAGUACUUUCUAUAGUGGAACUGAAAUUGUUGCUGUUUCAGCUGCAGAAGCUAAAAAUCCAAGUGUAGCUGUCCCAACUGCUAUUCGUCAGACUUUUUGGAGAAUCUUGAUUAUAUAUAUGGGUAUUGCAAUCAGUUAUGGUUUAACAGUUCCUUUUAAUGAAUCAGCAUUAGCUGCUGGAACUAAAACUUUAAGAUCUCCAAUGACAAUCGCAAUCCAAAGAGCUGGUUGGGAAGGUGGUGCCCAUUUAGUUAAUGCCUUCAUUUUAUUAACAUGUGUCCUGGCAAUCAAUUCGUCGAUUUAUAUUGGAUCAAGAACAAUGGUUAAUUUAGCUCAUGAAGGAAGUGCACCUCGUAUUCUUAGAAGAGUUAAUAAACGUGGGGUUCCAUAUGCCGCAGUCAUCUUAAUGAACUGUUGUGGGUUCCUUUCCAUGAUGAAUGUAAGUACUGGUGCUGCUAAUGCUUAUGGUUAUAUUGUUAAUUUAUCCGGUGUUGCUGUUUUUAUUGUUUGGGGUAAUGUUUGUUACUAUCAUAUUAGAUUUAGAAAAGCAUGGAAAUUACAAGGUAAAUCAGUUGAUGAAUUACCCUACAAAGGAUUAUGGUAUCCUAUCUUACCUAUUAUCGGUAUUGUGCUUAAUAUUUUCUUGGCAUUAAUUCAAGGUUGGUCAUAUUUCAAACCAUUUGAUGCUGCUAAUUGGGUUGAUGCUUAUAUCUUAUUGCCAUUCUUCUUUGUGAUUUAUUUUGGAUAUAAAUUCUGGAAUAAAACUAAAUGGAUCAAAUUGGAUCAAGUUAACUUGGAUGAAGGACGAAGAAAAGAUGUGGAUAUACCUGAUGAAGCAAACAAACUUUCUUGGAUUCCGUAA